CCGCUCAUUCUGCCCAGCCACCAGCUCUGGAGGGAGGGAGAGAUAAAGAGAGAGACUCAGGCAGGCCAGCCUCUGCAUCUUUCCCAUCCAGAGGCCAGUCUGGGCAGGCAGCAGCAAAGCACUCCCAGGCACGCCUCCUCCUCCUGCUCUUUCACCAAUACUGCUGUUGCUGUUGCGGCUCUUAACAGAGACAGAGACAAGCAAAGUGUUUUGGAGGAAGACAAGAGAGGAGCCAGCCCAGAGGGAACACGGCAUUUUCUGAUUUAUUCUUGUUGCUAUUUUCAUAAGAAAAACCGACCGAACAUGGGAAGAGGAAGGAUCGCAGCAACAUGAAAGGCUUCCUGGGAAAUCUGAAACUGGGGUUCUGCCAAACCUUCGGAGUGAAGAUUUGGGGCAGGAGCAGGGCCUGCGUGAGGGAGAGAAGAGUGGGAAGGCCCAUUGCACAAGCGGAACUCCUUGCUCUGACGGGAUGCCUUAGUUGGAUAUCACCCUAGGUGUAAACGGAUUAAUCAUGGUGUUUGAGCAGUUGGUGCUCAGAGCAGUGAGCCAUCCUCCUUCCCCAGACAUCUUUACAGGGGCCAAGGAACGCCACUUGAGUGACUGCUGGGGGGACUGCGUGUCCUACUUAAGAGAGGACAGUCUUCUAUUUGAAGGUGCUCUCUAUGUGAAAAAUGUGCUAUGGCGAACAUCACACUCUUGCUGCGCUCCUUGAACCCCAGCACCAACGUCUCGGAUGCCGAUUGCAGCGGGGAAGACAAUACCUACAAGUGCCAGUUCAACGAGGAGUUUAAGUACAUCCUGCUGCCUGUCUCCUACAGCAUCGUCUUCGUGGUCGGCCUCUGCCUCAACCUGCUGGCCCUUUACAUCUUCGUCUUCAGGAUCAAGACCUGGAACGCCUCUACCACCUACAUGUUCAACCUGGCCCUCUCCGACAUGCUCUACGUGGUUUCACUGCCACUCCUGGUGUACUAUUAUGCCAUGAGGGACAACUGGCCCUUCAGCGUGGGCUUGUGCAAGAUCGUGCGCUUCCUGUUCUACACCAACCUCUACUGUAGCAUCCUCUUCCUGCUGUGCAUCAGCGCCCACCGCUUCAUGGGUGUUUGCUUCCCUCUGAAGUCCCUGGAGUGGGGCCAAGUCCGCUACGCCCGAUGGGUGUCCGGUAUUGUCUGGGCAGCUGUGAUUGCCUGCCAGUCCCCGGUGCUCUUUUUCGUCACGACAAGUCAACGGUGCAACAAGAUCACCUGUCACGACACAUCGUCGAAGGACCUCUUUGGGGACUUUGUCAUCUACAGUUCGGUGAUGCUCGUCCUGCUGUUCUGCAUCCCUUUCUUGGUCAUCAUCGUUUGCUACUGCCUGAUGGCCCGCAAGCUGCUCCAGCCCACCCGCGGCACCACCCGCAUGUCCAGAUCCAAGAAGAAGUCGGUCAAGAUGAUUGUCAUCGUCUUGGUGGUCUUUAUUGUUUGCUUUUUGCCUUUCCACAUCACACGCACCUUGUACUACUCCUUCCGGAACUGGGACCUGAGCUGCCCGACCCUCAACGCCAUCAACUUGGCGUACAAAAUCACCCGGCCGCUGGCCAGCACUAACAGUUGCGUGGACCCCAUCUUGUACUUUUUGGCAGGACAAAAGUUUGUGAAGUUUGCCUGCCCCCAAAUGUCAGCAAACGGCGAGAACCAAACGACGUCGGGCAGCACCCCGAAUUGUCACUUGCGGGCGAGGGACCACCUAGCGAUGAAAGCCAAACAUAUGGUGUCUUAGCCGCUGACAUUUCUGACUUCACCAAUCUGCAAAGUAUUACCUACUUAUCUACGAUGGUAGGAAAAGGUUCCAGAGAGCAGGAAGGAUGGCUUCAUUAUCGACUUCUGAGACACUGGGCAUGUAUUUUUCAGCCCGUAUAAUCAGGAAAUGGUACAGAAGUGUUGUACACAUCACUUUUCCCACACAUUUUUUUUUGGGGGGGGGGGAGCUAGGUACUAUUAAGCAUGUUGUCUGAUCUGAUAACUUGUACACAGCACAAUAGGCACCCAGUUGUGUGAAUGGUCUGCUAAGGGAAUGCCCAUCCUACAGAAGGCAGUCAGUUAGAAGCUAGAAAAGAAACGGAACCAUCUGUGCAGAGACAGAGGCAAUGUGGUGUAGUAGAUAAAGUGUUGGGCUUAGACCCAGUGCACACACGCAGUGCAUCAGAUGGGGAAAUUGUUCCUGGACUGCACCACUUCAGUUUGCAUGUGGGGAGGGGGGGCACAGUCUGAACGCUGAAAAAUAACCCCUCCACAUAGAAAGGAACAUACUGUAGCGCACCACCCCAAUCUCCGAGCGAUCUCCAGGGGUUCCUGUGCUUGCCCAGGGUUUGCUUUCCUUGGGAAGAAGGUCAGCGGAGACUGUGGUGUCUUUAUGAAAUAUGGUUCAUUUAUUUGCACACUUUCCAACCUGAGCUUAAGAUGGAGGGGUUCAAAGCAUCAGCAAUCCAGUAGAUCUUGCUUUUCCAUCAGGCUUACAGGAGGCAUCCUCAAGCCAUGGUGCAGGGAGCCAGCCUCUCCGCCUGCUUCCAGUCCCUAGCCUUUCCUCAGACCCAACUAAAAACACAACUCCCUCUUAGGUGGGGGGGGGCUCUCCUGAAGAAUUUCAAUAACAAUAGGAUCUCCCUGGCCCAUUCACCAGUUAAUGGGCACUUGGCAGAGCGUUAGCCCACCUGGCCACUAUUAGGCUAACAAAGGAGACUCAUCUGACCAACAGAGCAGGCCUCUCAGCUGCAGAGCCCACCUCCAGAUGCAGGGUUCCAAAUCAGAGGCUGGAAGGGGACCCACAGAAAUCAUCCAUCUCAACCCCAAACCCAUAACAAUACAAAGAGUCAGACCAUUGGCCUAUCUAACUCAGUAUUGCCCAUUCUGACUGGCAGCAGCUCUCCAGGAUUUCAGGCAGGGAUUCUUUCCAGGCCCUACCUGGAGAUGCCAAGGAUUGCACCUGGGGCCUUUUGCAUGCAAAAGAUGUCCUAAAAAACAGGCAAAGACCCAAAUAGAACUUCUCUCCAUAGCAUCUAGAUUUCAACAUGUGGGAACCCUUUUAUUCAGGUGAACGUUCAGCAUUGCAACCAUCCUCCCGCAAUCUGCAUCCUGAAGAAACGCAGUCCAGGAAUGGAUUCAUCAUUUCAUCUGCUGUUUGGGUAAACUGGAGCUGCCCAUUCCUUGUGGCCAGCCUGUUUAUUAGCAGUCUGAUCUGCAGCCAGUAGCAGGUGAGCAUGACAUGGAAAGCCUCAUGUGGCAAUGUCUGCUGAUCAGACCUCUGUUAAAAGGCACAAGAGCAGCCUCAGGGCAGCUUCUCUCAGCCCCGGCCAGUGGCAACUCUCACACAAGCAAUCAUUUGGAUCGGGAAGAUCCAGAUCCCUGCUCAGCCCUAAAGUUCACCAAGUAUGCUCAAGCGAUCUUUUGUCUCUCAUCCUCACAGAGUUGUUGUGAGGAUAAAAUCAGUCUCAUGUAAUCUGCCCUGGCUACCCUAGGAGUACUUUCUAUCAUUUAAACCCAGUACUGUAGUGGCAAAUUCAGAAGUGCAGGGUCCCUUCAUGAUGGUCAGAAGAACUACACCCAUCCCUCUUUUUUUGCUGCUGAGUUGAGAAUAAGAUUCUUGUUAAUGCCUUCUCUCACAACAACAGAUGUGCCUAGGAGCCAAUAAGCACAAAAGUGUUAGCUACUGAAAGGAGUCUUCUCAGUGGCUGACUCAGCUCCUUUCACUCUGAUUGGCUCUGAUCAGCAAGAAAGGACAAGAAAGCAUGUUAGAGGAUUUUUCUCAGUAGCGAAGACACUCCCCUUUCAUGCUGAUUGGCUCAUAGGAUGCUGGAGAAAUAGGGACCCUGCUGGGACCCUGCUCCCAAAAAGCUGAGGGGUCUCAGACCCUGGACAACUACACCACUAUUUAAACCUAAUUGCCCACCUUUCUGGAUGGAGAAAACGCUGCCAUGCUUAUCCAUGCUUUUCUAACCUCCAGGCUUGACUGCUGUAAUGCACUUUAUAUGGGGCUGCCCUUGAAGGUAACUUGGGUGCAAAAUGCUUCUGCCUGUAUUGUUGCAGGCAUACUAAGGCUGUUUCCAGCCAGCGUUGCAUCAAUUGCUAUGGCUCCCAAUGUUCCCCCCAGCCCAGUUCAAGGUGCUAUAAAAUCUUUCAUGGUCUGAGCCCACAUGCCUCAAAGACCACCCCUCCCCAAAUCAGUCCACGUAACAGUGGCCGGCAAGUGUCCAAGCUCUGACUCCUGUGCCUUGACAGCUGCAGUGGGCCUAAGGUACUGGAAUGACCCGUCACGUUUGACACAAGGAAGUGUCCAUUUCUGACUGUUUUCUGUAUAACAUCCUCUCUGUGCCUAAAAAUAAGAGUCCAUAAGGGGCUGUAAGAUCUAUUUCAGCAAGCAUUUGGUUGAAUUUGUAGUUUUCAGUCUGUUUUGCUGGGGGUUGGUGACAUACAGUUUUAUGGUUUUAUUGACUUGUUUUUCAAUAUUGUAUGCUGCUUGGAAAGGAAAAGAGACCUAUAGAUAUUUUAAAUAAAAUUAUUAUUAUUAUUAACAAUAACAAAUCUAGUGGGGAUUAUACUGGCAUAGUGGAGUCCCCCCCCCCCAAGAUGGAUAGCUGGCCAUUUUACGUAACUAAGUUUCAGGCUAGGAGGGGAAAGGGUUCUGCUGUCAUUAGGGUUGCCACCUUUUUUUUACUGUUUCUGCUCCUGCGCCUUUUGCACCUGCCUGAAUGGCAGCAAUUUAAUAGGAGGAGACUUCCCCGGCAUACAGAAAGGCAAAAUGUCACCUGUUAAAUUUGUACAGAUAAUGCAGCCAUUUAAAAAGCUUAGGAACCUAGCCUGAAAUGAAGUUGGCAACACUAAGAAGAUGACGGGAAGAAAGAGCUCAGCUCUUUCCCACACCCACACCCACCUGACAAUUCAGUAAACUGAUCUCUUGCCUGAAAAUGUGACCGAGCCUUUUGGAAAAAU